CAAUCCUGUUAGUCGAUUAGUAGUUUUCCAUCUGCUGGUGUAUGGUUAAAUAAAAUAUGUAUAUGUACAUAUUUUGCAUAAUCUAAUCACUGAAUUGUUAACUUACAAAUUAUUUAGUCAUAUUAAAGGAAUACUAAAAUGGCACCAAUAAGAUUUGCAAUUUUAACUGUGAGUGAUACUUGUGCUAGUGGUGAAAAAAUAGAUGAAAGUGGACCUGAAUUAAAAGCAUUUAUCAACAAUGCAGAAAAUAUACUUCAAGGAGAUGUUUCUUGCACUGCUAUUGUACAGGAUGAUGAAACAUCAAUAAUGAAAUAUUUAAUCCAUUGGAGUGAUGAAAAUAAAGCUGAUGUUAUUCUCACCACUGGCGGAACUGGAUUUUCCGAGAGAGAUGUUACACCUGAGGCAACUAAAAAAGUUAUUCAUAAAGAAGCUCCUGGAUUGUCUUUAGAGAUGCUCAUGUCGAGCCUAAAAAUAACUCCAAUGGCAGUACUUUCUCGAGCUGUAUGCGGAAUACGACAUAAGACACUGAUUAUUAAUUUACCCGGUUCACGUAAGGCUGCAAUAGAGUGCUUGACUGCAAUCGCAUCUGCAAUUCCGCAUGCCGUAGAUUUAAUUUUGGAUAAUAAAGCAAAAGUUAAAGAUACACAUAACAUUGUGCAACAUAAUAUUACGUCUUGUUCGCAUCAUGCUUCUUGUACAAAUCCAAUGAGUUUCGAGAAUGUGGCAACACGCCUCAGAGAAUCUUCAUUUCCUAUGAUAUCUGUGGCGGAAGCACUGCGCAUAAUACGCUUUGAGAGUACAAAGGAUGUGGAGGUGGAAAUAGUAAAUUUGAAAGAUGCUUACGGCAGGAUAUUAUCAGGAGAGACCAUACGUUCCAAUUGUGAUUUGCCACCAUUCAGAGCUUCCAUGAAAGACGGAUAUGCGGUUUUAGCAAGUGAUGGAAAAGGCAGAAGGACGGUAUUGUGUGGUGUGAAAGCAGGAACUGCACCCGCUUUGGUAUCUCUUAAAUCUGGCACUUGUGUACGAGUGAAUACUGGAGCGCCCAUUCCUGAUGAAGCAACAGCGGUUGUACAAGUUGAGGAUACAAAGCUAGUGUCAAAGAGUUCUGAUGGAACAGAGGAAGAAGAAAUUGAGAUAAUGAUUGAACCGAAAGAAGGACAAGAUAUUAGACCUAUUGGCUGUGAUAUAAAAAAGGGAAGCUCAGUGUUAAAUCCGUUCACAAGAAUUGGGCCGGUGGAAAUAGGAAUACUAGCGGCUUGUGGUUACAAACGCGUUGCAGUUACUUUACUUCCACGUAUAGGUAUACUGUCUACUGGAGAUGAGUUACAACAACCUGGAGAACCUUUAAGACCAGGGCAGGUCUAUGAUAGCAACAGAAUAAGUCUAAUCUCAUUAUUAAAAGAAAAUGGUUUUGAUUCUUUGGAUUUCGGAAUUGUGACUGAUAACACGAUGGACAUGAUAAACAAAAUCAGCAUAGCUUUAGAAAAAGUAGAUAUACUUGUGACAACAGGUUCUGUAUCAAUGGGCGAUAGAGAUCUAUUGAAGCCUAUUUUAGAGACCAUUUUUAAGGCUACUAUACAUUUCGGACGCGUAAACAUGAAGCCCGGAAAGCCAACGACAUUUGUAACAUGCACAAUCUUAGGUAAAAAAAAAUUUAUCCUAUGCCUGCCAGGAAAUCCAGUAUCUGCUCUUGUUACCGCACAUUUAUUUCUCUUACCCCUUGUGAAUGAGCUACACUUUGAUGCUUCAGAGUCAAUCAUAAUGCAAGCUAAGUUAACAUCAUCGUACAAUUUGGAUCCGCGUCCUGAAUACGCAAGAGUAAUCUUGAGGUGGAAUGAUAAAGAAACACUUCCAAUGGCUUACAGUACAGGAAAUCAAAUCAGUAGUAAAUUACUUAACUGUAACGAUGCUAAUGCGCUUCUAAUGCUGCCAGGAAGAACUGCGGAGAAGCAGGUGUUGAAUAAGGGUGAUGUUGUACCAGCGAGGCUUAUUAGUUUUAAAUCUCGACUAAAACAAAUUUGGAUUAAUUAUACAUUGAAUUAAAUAUACAUUUA